CUCUACGGGCAAAUCGUAUUACGUACGGGCCAAAGCGGAUGACAAAACAACCAAUUGAAGGUGCACAAACACACCUUAUGGAAAUACCGCUAUAAAGGCGGGAUGGAUCAAAGCCAACUGAAACUUUCCAUUCUGCGGUGUCAAUGGAAAGUUAAACCACUUUACCCAUCACCAUUUACUGGAGCCCAAAGCAUAGCUCAUUCAGCUACAACCUCCAAGGGUAAACUAUUGGUAAACAGUAUAUUUAAUCUUUCAUCUCACCAACUUUUUAAUCUUUCAUCUUAUCUCGCUUGCCAGUCGUAGCUCGAGAAAUUAAUCUUCACCGCCGAUGAGGUACUUGGAUAGCUCAACUGGCGGUGCCUCGUGGCUUCGCACUUGCCGGGUAACCCUGCGUUG